AAUUGUUAUCCAAUCAUUCGAUAGUUAGACGUAGAAGCAGCGUGAGGAAAUAACGAUCGACAACCGGCGCAAUUUGUCGAAGGGCAAUCGAUCGAAUUAAAAUAAAUAGAAAUAUCAAUUUCUGAUUGAUGAAAUUCAUGUUUAAUUUCAUUGACAAAUAAAAUCUCGUCUCUCUAUAAAAAUGUAUACGUGUAACGAAUAGAGUUAGUACGCGCGUUCAACGUUUGAAAAUGGAAAUAAAAUACAUAACGCAUAGUUUUCUUUGUUAUUGCGCGGAAAAAUAAAUAAAUUUGCUGGAAAAAUGUUGAAGAAUUUCAAGUUGUCCUUAACGUGGUAAAAGGGGAGUAAAUUGCAGUAACUGCGGUUGAAUAUUCAAGAAUAGAAAAGACGUGGAUUUAUUCUUUUACAGAUGGCUGUGAAUCUGAAUGCAACGAUCUCCAACAAGGAGGACAAUAAUUACGUUCCAUACGACCAACGCCCGGAAACGUACAUAGUACCUGUGAUAUUCUUAUUAAUCUUGGUGGUGGGUGUAAUUGGAAACGGAAUCAUGGUGUUUACUUUGUUGAGCGACGCCAGCAUGAGAAAUGUGCCCAACAUUUACGUGCUUUCGUUGGCUUUGGGUGAUCUUUUGGUGAUCAUAACGAGUGUACCGUUCACGUCUCUUCUAUACACAAUCGAGUCAUGGCCGUGGGGCCUGGCAGUUUGCAAAUUAUCGGAGUGCGCCAAGGAUAUUUCGAUCGGUGUCUCAGUUUUCACUCUGACCGCGUUAUCAGCCGAGAGGUACUGCGCGAUCGUAAAUCCCAUUCGCCGCCAUGUAGCCGGAUUGAGUGCAAAACCAUUAACGAUACUAAUAGCCUGCCUUAUUUGGGUGCUGGCGAUUAUUCUGGCGAUGCCAGGUGCUCUUUUCUCUCACGUGCUGAUCGUAGAUAUAAAGACUAACUACAGCAUCCAGAUCUGUAGCCCUUUCCCCGUGGAAUUCGGGAAGAACUAUAAGAAAGGGAUGGUGUUAUUCAAGUUCCUGGCUUACUACGCCAUACCGUUCCUCGUUAUAACAGGAUUCUAUCUGGGAAUGGCACGACACCUUGAACUGUCCACCAGAAACAUGCCCGGCGAAUUAUCCACCGGAUGUCAUCGGCUGGAGCAAAUUCGAGCACGCAAAAAGGUUGGAAAGAUGGUGAUCGCCUUUGUAGUUAUCUUCUUCGUCUGCUUCCUACCGUACCACACGUUUAUGAUGUGGUUCCACUUUUGUCCAUCAUCCGAGCAAGACUACGAUGACUAUUGGCAUGCCUUCAGGAUCGUUGGUUUCUGUCUGAGCUUCAUCAAUAGCUGUGUCAAUCCCAUCGCUCUAUACUUUGUCAGCGGAACAUUUCGCAAAAGAUUCAACAGAUAUCUUUGUUGUUGCCUGAAGAGGAGGAGGUUAAGCGUCUGUCGAACAGAAACGAACAGUUCAGACAGGAAUGGUAAUCGAAGAGCGAAAUUUUCACAAAGGAAACGAAUGGUUGGGCGAGACAACUACAACGAAACCAGCUUCGGCUCGAUAUUCCGUAGAAACACUCAGGAACUGAAUUCGACCGCUCUUUACGAGUUAACAAGUGACGGAACCACGAGACCGACUUGAAACUCUAGAUCGUAAUUCAUUUUUUAAAAUGAUCUCGAGGUGUCAACACGACGAAGACUAACGUUAAACGUUGUUAAAAAUCGAGGACCAUUCGCAAGUAAGGUAGAUCUACGUUGAAUGUUUCAAUUAUGAUUAAUGAUCGAUUAUGAUUGAAUCACGAGAGACAAUGAAUACAUGAGUCGAAUUCUUCGUUGUAACUAUAAAUAUACGUAAAUCUGUACGUGCAAUCGCGAUAAUUUUUUAUUUGAUCGACGAAGUGCAGCUUCAGCUUUCGAAAUUUAGCUUAAGGAUUUUCAACGUCGUUAAUUGACUUCGACAUAAAAUAAUAGUGUAAUAUAAUUGAUUACCGCAGUUCGGUAUCAGGAGGGACCGGUUCUCGAAACAAAGCCAUUGAUACAAAGAACACUUUUGACCAAUUGCCUCGUUCAUGCCUGUGUACAUCGGUAUGGGUACGCGAGCACAUAACACGAAUAAUAGGACAUUCUCGAGACAAGCGGUAACUAAUAUUCCAAUCGCUUUGAACAAUUAUCUUUCGAUCGUUUGACUAAUUGUCGAUAACAAACCUGAACUAUUUUUGAGCUUACCUUUAGCGAUAUCGAUUUAUCGCUAAGUCAAUUUCCAGAUUAAAAAAAAUAGUCCUCCUUUAUCGAAUCCCAGUUAUCCUCUUCUCGAGCCGAUGGAAACGAAUUAAUUCAUUGCAGCCUGUCGAUAACCUCAGCCAUUUGCAACUCUUUCCUCUUCCCAGCCUCUCCCCAUUCUUUCCAAAUUCUGGUUCCCGCCGUUUCUCCGAUCCUUCCCUUAUUACGAUACUUACCGCGUUGCAUCGCGUCGAUCCUUGAAUGAAACCAUUCGACGGAUUGUAUCGCGGCAAACUGAACAACGCACGUAAGAGAAGAGACGAUCCCGACGUUAUUGAAUCGCGUGGUGAAAUUUAAUUAGAGAGGGCGUUAGAAGGGACUGUGUGCAUUAAUUGUGUUCUGUCUGACGACCUUGCCCCCUUCGCUUGUUAAUCGAGAAUUCCUGUUUGACGUGCACCCCUGUUAACAGGAUUUAGCAUCGCACGUCUAUUGGCCGUCGCGUUUCCGUACGUUAUAGACGUUCUCGUCGUUCAGAUAACGUCUGGACGUCUUCUCGAUACCCCCAUUAUAACUGUAAUUAGGCCACGCAACGACGGAAGCGUUUCCAAGUGAAUCGAUACAAGGUUGGAAUAUGUAAAUGCCCGGACAUAACCAACUGACUUGUACCA